AAAAAGUAUCGAUAACAUUUAACGUUUAAUACCGGUUUUACUCCUAUCUAUAACGGAGCUGUCAAGACAGGUGACAGUCAUAUGUUUUUGACAAGCGGAAUCCUUGUUCGAGGCAGGAUUCUUUCUCUGCUUAUUUUAUAGAUUUAUUCCCCUUUAUGCGUUUUAAAAUAAAUUAAAUAACUAUGUUAAUUAACGGUAACUUACCAUUAAGAUUUAAAGCAGCAGAAUUGCAUUAUUUCAACUGGUUAUAUAGCGUGGCGCCAUGUUUCGCUGUAAACGCGUCUAAAAUUAAUAUAAUCACUGAUCCGCGAAAAUUCUACGAUUCCCUAUAUGAAAGGUUUAAAACAGCUAAUCGUCGAAUAUCAGUGGCCAGUUUAUACAUAGGAACAGGGGCUCUGGAAAAGGAUUUGUUGAAAGUGACGAAGGAGAAUAUGAUGGGUAAUAAGUCGUUGAAGCUUAAUGUUUUACUGGACUAUCAGCGGGGAACACGAGGCGUGGUAAACUCACGGAGCUUAUUACAAGAUUUCUUGACAGCAAUUCCAGAGCAGUGUCAUAUUUCUUUAUACCAAACACCUAGAUUGCAUGGCUCAUGGUCCAAAGCUCUGCCAGCUAGAUACAAUGAGAUUGUGGGUCUUCAACACAUGAAGCUUUAUAUUGCUGAUGACUCAGUGUUGUUGAGCGGGGCCAAUUGUUCCAAUGACUAUUUUGAGAGGAGACAGGACCGGUACAUUGAAAUCCAGGAUGCAGACUUGGCAGAUUUUUAUUGUGAACUCAUAGAUGAAAUGAGUAACUAUAGCAAGAGAUGUGUAAAGGAUGGCUAUGUUGAAACUAAGCAUGCUUCAAGGGAAGCAGUGACUCAGGAAGUAAAUGAGAAGAUUAUUAACUUCAUUCAGAGGUGGAAGGAGAAGCAAGAUCCCAGCGCUUUAUCUAGUGUUUCAGAUCCCAAUAAGGACACAUGGGUAUUUCCCCUAAUCCAAAUGGGCGAAUUUGACAUCCGGCAAGAUGAAAGAGUGACUCAAGGCUUGCUGGGUUCUGCACCACCGGACUCACUCAUAAGACUAGCCACUGGCUAUUUCAACUUGACUGGGGAAUAUGCUGAUACUCUUCUGAAGGAUUGCAGAGCGAAUAUUAGUUUGUUGAUGGCACAUCCCAAUGCAAAUGGAUUUAUGGGAGCCGCGGGGCCGGCAGGUGGCAUUCCUCACGCUUAUUCCCUCAUAGCAAGAAAAUUCUGGAACCGAGUAGAGGCGUCUAAUCAAACGAACAGGGUCCAAAUGUUGGAGUAUGAACGACCAGACUGGACAUUCCAUGCAAAGGGUUUAUGGUACUACCCGCCGGGUAGCGGGGUCCCGUGGGGCACACUUGUGGGUUCGGCGAACCUCGGCGAACGUUCCGUCAAGCGAGACCUAGAGGCGCAAGCUGCUAUAUUCACCGUCUCAUCAGAGCUACAGGAGAAACUCCAUAAUGAAGUCUCUCUUCUCCACGCGCAUGCAGCAGAGUGCAGUCGCGAACUUCAGGAACGUUCAGCGCCGCUUUGGGUACGAGCUACCGUCGGCCUGUUCCGGACUUACUUCUAAACUAACUAGGCACUCUUAUAAAGAGUAACAACAACUAAUACCUAACCAUGUUGUAACAACUCACUUGUAUAAAACUUCAAAGUGAGUCUACGUGAUGUUCAAGAGCGCUCAACCGCUUUGAUUGCGCGCUACCGUUGGCCUCUUCCGAACUUAGCACAUUCACUUCCACACAAAGAGGAUCGAGUAUUAUGUUACUGUCAAAGUGAAAUGCGUAAUCACAGUGCAUAGAGUGCCAUCCCUCAACACAGGCUUAAAACUUUUGAACCUCAAUUUGACAAUUUGGCCCAUAUUC